AUGCGCGUCACCAGUGUGGCCUUGCCAGUGGGUAUAUUCAAUGCAAUGAGAGGAUGCAAAUAUUAUUGUUUGUUAGGUUGUGCUGAUGCUUUCAUGCAAUUGAAACUAGAUGAGAAGUCUCAAGAAAUUUUGGUGCGGAAUACCUGCAUUGGACUACUGAAACCAACAAGACUGCCAUAUGCUUUAGCCAGUGCCUGUUUCGAAUCCGCGAAAGAUCAAGUAUUGGCUUUGAGCAGAUUAGAGAAGCAUAAAGUAAGAGUGAGGUAUGAAUUAAUGAAGCUGCAUCAAACUGACAUUGAGAUUUUUGGCUAUGUACUGGGCCACAACAUUUACAAGCCAUCUAAGAAGAAAGUGACUGCCAUCGUAAACUGUGCUGUUCUGAAGAAUCCUUCAGAAGUGCAAACUUAUAUGCUGUGUGGGCCUGGAAUGAGAGAUAUGAGAAAGCUUUUUGAACUUAGUAAGGAAAUGAAGUUGAAGAGUAAAGCUUUGGCAGUCUACGAUCCUUCAAAAGAAUUAGUUUUGAUUAGUGAUGCCUCGCCUGUUAGAGUUGGUGCUCAAAUCCAUGAAAGACUGAGAGACAUAUCAUUUAAUUUCUAA